CCAUGGGAUUCUUUGAACAMGUUGUAGCCAUUAAAGGAAGAGGAGCAUCACUAGAAGCGUUCCAAAUAAAAGGCGUCCAAUACCUGGUACUAACAACGACUAUGUCCCACCCACAGGUUUAUACGAUAACCAAUUCRACGCUACACUUGAACCAAAGCUUACCAGUCUAUGGAGCUUACACGAUCAGGCACUUCCAAAUGAACGGUWACCACUUUUUAGCCAUUGCUAAACGAUAUUACGGAAGUUCAUUUCUGCAAUAUUCUGCAAUCUUCAAAUGGGAUGGUCAGGGGUGGYCCCUUUUUCAAAGAAUUAGCACCAAGGGAGCCGGAGAGAUAAGUUAUUUCACGAUUCAAGAUCAAAAAUUCCUAUGCAUUGCCAAUUCUYAUGAUGGCCAGACGUAUGCUCUCGAUUCUUUAAUCUACAAAUGGGACGGACGAAUAUUUGCGCAUGACCAAAACCUUCAAACCGAAGGUGCCAUYGCUUGCUCAGCCUUUUCGAUCGACAGSGAACAUUUCGUUUCAUUUGCCUCRAAAUCGCCUCAUUCCAAUUCACUCGUUUUUAAGUGGUCUGGGAAAGCGUUCAAAAAGUUUCAAGCUAUCAGAACAGAUCAUGCAGUCUACGUACAUCAUUUCAGUAUCCAAGGUCUUCAUUUUCUUGCUUUUAUCAACGAAACUCGCUAUUCGUAUCAUUCCAAGUUAGGCAUUUUAAGAUGGUCCAACUCGAAAUUCGUCCCUUUUCAAACUAUUAAAAACAGCGAUGCUGUUUCUUUGCGGUCAUUGAAGGUUAAUAACGACCUGUUCCUGGUUGUGGCGAGCCUUUCAUUGACUUAUGCAAGCGACCGAAGCGUGGCAAUUUACAAGGCUAAUGGAAAUGAAUUCAAAUUUUAUCAGACGUUAAAAUCGGUAAAGGUUUCAGAUGUUGCGACGUUUAACCAUGAAGGGAAGACGUACCUUGCUGCCUCCACUGUUUCGUCCGCUGUGGAUGGCCAUUUGUACGAAUGGGUUUCGUAGACAAUAUGCAAGCUUCGAGAAAACGGAACUGUUAUAUAUACAUAUAUAUGACUGGAGAAUUUGACAGGACAAACAUGAAGUAGAAUUAGGAUAGGGGACUGGUCAUUGUUUAUCACCCUAGGGGUGGGGGUGGGGGAGGAUUUUUGAUUUUUGUUGUGACAUCAAUUAAACUAACUAAUAUUUCUUUUUGACCCCUCCCCUUCCCCCUUAUUAGUGGUUGCAUGCUACUGAGUGAUCAAUCAAAUAACUUUAUUUUCCACGGUAGACGGCUCAGCAAGCUGAUUUUCAGACAUUCCGUGCUAAUGACCCGUCUUUGAUUCCUGUCAAUGUUUACUUGAUCCCCCCAAGAGGCACUAUAUUUCUUUAUGAUCCAUGAUCCCCCCUUAUUAGUGGUUACUACUGUGUGAUUACCUCCUUUGAUUCCUGUCAAUAUUUACCUGAGCCCACCCCCCUUCCUCUCCGUAAAUCCUCCGCCCCGUAGGAGAUAAAUAAAGUCCUGUCCCUUAGUGGAAAGUGUUAGAUGCCGCUGAUCAUGACUUAGUUUAAUAAAAUAUUGUAAAUGUGGAAAAAGGAGUUGAAAUAAAGCUAGUUGAAAUAUGGAUGAUUUCCAUCCAUCCAUCCA